GCUCAACACAUCUAAGUUCUGACAGCUCGACGCAGCCGCCUUCCCUUCAAUACAUUUCGGGCGGUUGUGGAUCCGCCAUUUGUUCUUGAGAUGGCCUACCCUGGGUCACUCUGACGUCUUGAGCGAAAAGGCAUAAAGGCGGCGUACUUAUUCCUAACCCAUAUUCCCCAGUUUCCUUCGUCAAGUGUACACGUUCAACUCGCAUUUUCAAGCGUCAUGUUCGGUCGUGCUCUCAUCUUGUCUACCCUCUUGCUUGCGGCCUCAUCCGUGCUUGCAGACACUCUGGUAGAAACUAUCCCGGCCACGUCGGCUCUGGAUCUUUCCCUGGGUGAAUCCGGGCUGGGUCAUGAUCUGAGCGCUCAGAGCUGCCCCUCUGGCACCGGGCUUUGCGGAGACGGCGGUUGCUGUCCUCUUGGUGGUCAAUGUUGCAUUCUCCACUCGUGCUGCAAGAAGGGAUAUUAUUGUAUCACAAACUCGGCUCACUCUCGGGUGGCUUGUUGUCCGGAUGGGUAUGCUUGCGCAGCGCCCUGAGGAAAGAAAUCCUCGGCUCGAUGUGCAGUUGAUUUGGUAGCGGUGGUUGCUUGAAUGAGAUAUCAAGGCGGAACACUUUCCAUUUCAAGGUGGAACGCUGUCCUCUCAAGUAGCUACUGUGGUUCUUACGGUAAUAACUAAAAAACGAGGAAUUAUAUCAUCUGGAUACG